AUGUCUUCCAAUCCCUCUUACCGGUCGGUAAUCAUAGCUUGGCUUGCGGUUAGUCUUAUUUUGCAUUGCUGCAAGAAGAUGUGGGGACACUGGAUGCUCCCGAAAACAAGAUGUCUAAGACCUGGUCUGAGCAGCACUGGUCUUUAUCCCGAGGGCAUCAUGCAGUGUAGUAGGGUCAGUUUUGGACUCGGAGCAUGCUGUCAAGUGUCUAUACGGACAUCGAGUUCGUACCGGACACUCAAGAAGAAAAUGUCGUCUGUCUGUGUAGCCAUCAGCCCUCAACAGACCGAUAUUAGCGUGAGUAGGCCGGCAAGCGACUCCAAGCUGCUGUAUUCGAUCCAUCCAUACUCCGUUGCCACUAGCGUUCCCUUUCCUUGGCGGUUCGUAGCUUCAACUUUCGUCCGACAGCUUGCUAGACCGUCUUAUUCUUCACCACCCGGUGAGACUAGCGUCUGCUACGUCUCUCAUGGCCCCUUGUAUGGCAGAACAGUGGAUGCAUACACCUUGCGAUCGCGUUCAGUGAGCUGUGCUCUUACCUUCGUUGUCCUCAACGUAAGCCAAGCGAGUGCACCAUAA